AUGGAGCGCGAGCUGGAGGCGCUGGCGGCGCGGCCCGCGCGCCCGGCCGAGCCGCCCUUCCAGGCGCUGGUGGAGGCGGCGGGCGGCCGCGGGCAGGUGCUGCUGGUGGGCGAGCUGUGGGAGCGCGAGCAGAGCCGCGCGCUGCUGCGAGACUUCGCCCGGGCCGUGUUCCCGCCCGAGCCGGCGGCGGCCAAGCCUGGCGGAGCGGCGGCCGAGGGCGCGGGGCCCGGGGCGGCGCGCGGGGCGCAGAGGGCGCCGGGGGCGGCAGGGCGCGCCAUCCGCUCGCCGCUCGUCUUCGUGCUGUGCCGCGCGUCGUCGCUGGCCGCCCGGGAGCCGCGGCGCCGCCUGCGGGAGAUGCUGCGGGACGUGCGCGGCCGGCGGCGGGCCGGCGCGGCGCUGGUCGGGGUGCUGGUGGCCGAGGCCGGGCCCGAGGACGCGGUGGCGCUGGGGCUGCGGCUGCUGGAGGCGCUGCUACGCGCCGUGUUCAGCCGCCAGGCGGGGGGCCCGGUGCAGGCGGCCGCCUACUGCCCCGGCUGCCCGGCCUCCAGCCUGGCCGUCCAGGCGGCCGCCUGCAGGGCCCUGCAAGCCGCCGGGCCGGGGCGACCAGCGGAAGGACCGGGCCUUCCAGGACUGCUGGCCUGCUUUUCCUGGGGUCCCUGGAGCCGGAGGAAGGACCGGGAUGUUGCUAAGUCCAGCAGCCCAGCUCAGGGUAACUUCCCGGAACCUGAAGAGGAGCUGGCACUAACGGCUGUAUUUCCCAACGGAGACUGCGAGGACCUUGGAAGGGGGUCAAAAGCCCGGGAUGCAGUUGUCCACACUCCCGCUGAGCCCGCUGGGGACUCGAGAUGAAGCCUGGACCCUUGGGCUGUCCUGGCUCUGACCUACAGACUGGGGCCUGGCUCCUGCUCUCUGAGCCCCUGUGUCUCCAUGUUGGCUUCGGCUGGUGGUAACUACAAAGACCCCCCUGCUAGGGGGGCAGCCACAUUCACAGUCGCCAGCUAGACAGCAGGACUUACCAAGACAAGCUGCACCUAGGAAAAUGUAUCCCCUGGGAACCUACUCCCCACUUGGCAUUUGCUAACUAAUCACAGGGAGCUUAUUCUGUCUCUCUGUGCCUUGGUUUCUCUGAGCCAUUGGGAUAGACGGCUCUCUCCUCUGAGACUCUGCCAUGCUGUGCUACCCCGUGGUGUGUUUGUAGUGCUCCAGGCACACGCAGGAGCAUCCGUUGCUUAGAGUGCAGCUGGAAAGAACUCUGGACCAGGAGUCGUCAGAUCUGAGGCAUAGCCAUGGACAUGUAACUCAGCCUCUGGGGCUUCUGUUUCCCAAAUGCAUGAGGGGGCUACCAACCCAGCGGCUUUCAAACGGGCACAGACUGCCCCUCUAAGCUGCACUGGAAACGUCUGCGUGUGUGUGUGUGUGUGUGUGUGUGUUGGGGGGGUCACUGUGACUGUGGGGCACCCCUGGAAUUUAUCAGGUAUCCUACAAGGGUGCAGCACAGCCUCCAACAGCAAAGACUUGGUCUACUUAAAAUGCCAGUCAUGACACCUUUGAGAAACUCUGCAUGAGCCAAUCCCUUCUCCCUGUCAGAGUCCCCCAGAGCUGAGAGGGUCGGGUUUUCUGGGACCUUGGCUCCCAGCACAAGCCAGAAUAAAGAAGGACCACGCUGUUGCCUUGGGGGCCUGUCAGGGCAGGGCCAAGACAGUCCGUGUGGUGCAGGGCCAGGACAGGAAUAGCCAUGCACGCCUGGGAGAAGAAAGAGCCUUUUUCUUUCUUAUGUUGAUGUUGACUUUCUGUGCCAAGUCCUUUGAGGAUAAGAAUGUUGGGAACUCCCCAUGGCACCACACAGAAGGAAAGCAGGGACAUGGGAUGCUUGGGCAUAGGACUUGCUCUAGAUCGCGGGUCCUAGCCCAAGGUCAAAGCAGACACAGCCCAGAGGUUCUUGAAUCAUUUCUUCUGUGUCUACGAGCCAGAGAGGGUAGAUGGUGUUCUGUUAGAGCUGGGAAGGCCAUCUGUCACUCACAGAGGAGGCUCUGCAUUACCUCCCUCGUCUUCCUUGCUGCCCCUGGGGAAAUCCAGUCUUUGGACUGGCAAGAGCAGCUCCUGAUUUUCCUAGCGGGAAGCACUGUCUGAGGGAAGUGGCUACGUUCAUUCGUUCCCUCCUGCACGACUCGCUCAGCAGACACACAGUUGCGCUCACUAUUUGCUCAGCGCCCUGUGAAGUGCUGCACAACUUUGGUUAUUUCAGCUGUCUAUGUGAUAGAGCCAAACUGUGCGGUGUGAACACUUCUUUGGCUGAGGGGCUCUAUGAUAUUAAGGAGGGACCCUCCUUGCUGUGUGCCUUGGUUUCUUGUCCGUGAUAGACAGCCUAAUCCUAUCUGAGCCUCACGGGGGAUAGUGUGAGAACGAGCAGGAUGACAUCCUCAUAUGUGGGGUUGGUUCACAGCAGGCAUCAUUUUAAUGCAGGGCUGCUGGGGGCGGUGACUCGCACCUGUAGUCCCAGCUACUCGGGAGGCUGA